AUGUCUGAAGAUUUUACCUCGCAUUCUAGGAAAAUUAGAUCCAAAGUUACUCAUUAUAUCGACAUCUUUAAGAAGCUGAACAAAAGAUCGUAUAUUAAAUGUGAUAAGCUGAUUAGGGACGGUGUACCCUAUAUAUCUGACUUUGACAUGGAUGAUAUUUAUGCUGAAGUUAUACAACUGAGACCUUCUAGUAACAAUAGUUUAUUGUUACGUAGUAUGGCAAUGUCACUUGGACAAAGUUUUAAAGAAAGUGGAAGUGACGAAGCUAGGGAUAAUGAAGAUGAUACUGAGGUCUGCUCAUAUUGUGCUACGGAUGGAAAGCUCCAGCCAGCAUCGUACUUCUGUUAUAAUUGUGGCGUGUUUGGUAGAUACAUUUGUGGUAGAUGUUUAACUCAUCAUAACCGGACUGUGAAGAGUCAUAAAGUAAAAUUGAUGAGCAAUCAGCAUGUGUCACGAGGACAAACGUUGGAGACAGAACUUGAUAAAGAGCGAAAGAAUGUAGAAGAACUACGCCACAAACUUGAUGACAAAAUGAAACAAAUCCAAGAACUUGAAAAAGCUUUAAAAGACACAGAUGAAAUAAACAAACAUCUAGCAGUAAGGUAA